UACAGCCAGUUCUUCAGGACGGGGAGAGAGGUGGGUGAGGGAGGGUUGACCAGGAUUGGGUAAGAAUAGUGAUACCACAGUCCAGGGUUUGCCGGUAGAAACAGCAAGGUGAGGAUCUGGGGGUCAGAGAUUCGAAGAAUCUGAGGUGCACACCCUGUUGAUGGUUUCCCUUGAAGAGUCGCUCCAUCUUUUCGGAAGUGCCUGUCAUAAAAAAUCAAGCCAUUUGCUGGGGCUGCUCAGUCGAAGACGAGUAACAACUAAAAAUGCUAAUGAAGACAGUGGAAUAGCAAAGUCAAGUUAAUGUCAUCGACUCAGAUUCCUGGCCGUGGAGGGGGUAUGGCCACAGCCAGGACCCCGUGCCUUGCAGACAUCUGGAGUCUCUGACUGAACUGAAGGUCUCUGGCUGACAGACUUUUGGGGCAACUUUCUGACUGGCUUUCUGAGCAGCUGCUCUACAGUGAGUGGGCAAUUGACAGCCCGAACAGACAAGUCUCCUGAAGGACAGUGGACUAGUGGACCAGUGACUUACCAGCUGAUGGACAUGAGUGCACGAGCAGCCGCGUGACCCACCGACAGGCACACAGACCCCUUGCCUGCCAGCCCUUGGAACCACCUGGCAUACCUGGGGCCCCCAAAACUGGCUACCCACCUAGGAGAGGAAGAGGCUGGAAUUUUUUCCUGGGACCUGGUUCCCUGCCUCUCUCCUUAUUCCUACAGGCCACCCCAGCCCAGCCCAGGUUCACUCCCUCAGCUGCCCUCUCUCCUGUCAGGGCUGGCCCUUGAAAAAGCCUUCACAGGACGGGAAGGGCCUCAGAGGCAGCAGGUGAGGGCCGAUUGGUGAGGAGCUCCAGGUGCCAGACAAGGACACCAAGGCCAUGGUGGGCACAGAGGACACACCUGGAGGCAAAGCCAGGCCAAAUCCUCAAGAUUUGCGGCCAAGUGUGUUUCACAGCAUCAAGUUCUUCGUGCUGUGCCACAGCCUGCUGCAGCUGGCGCAGCUCAUGAUCUCCGGCUACCUCAAGAGCUCCAUCUCCACGGUGGAGAAGCGCUUCGGCCUCUCCAGUCAGACCUCGGGGCUGCUGGCCGCCUUCAACGAGGUGGGGAACACAGCCCUGAUCGUGUUUGUGAGCUAUUUUGGCAGCCGGGUACAUCGGCCCCGCCUGAUCGGCUAUGGAGCUAUCCUUGUGACCCUGGCGGGCGUGCUCAUGACUGUCCCCCACUUCAUCUCAGAGCCGUACCACUACGACCACACCAGCCCCGCAGACAUGCCACAGGACUUUGAGGCCUCCCUGUGCCUGCCCACCACUGAGGCCCCAGCCUCAGCCCCGGCCCCAUCCAACAGCAGCUGCUCAGGCUACACAGAGGUCCAGCAUCUGGCGGUGGUGGGGAUAAUGUUCACGGCCCAGACCCUGCUCGGCGUGGGCGGGGUGCCCAUUCAGCCCUUUGGCAUCUCCUACAUUGAUGACUUCGCCCACCACAGCAACUCACCCCUCUACCUCGGGAUCCUGUUUGCAGUGACCAUGAUGGGGCCAGGCAUGGCCUAUGGGCUGGGCAGCCUCAUGCUGCGCCUUUACGUGGACAUUGAUCGAAUGCCAGAAGGUGGCAUCAGCCUGACCUCAAAGGACCCCCGAUGGGUGGGUGCCUGGUGGUUGGGCUUUCUCAUCUCCGCUGGCACGGUGGCCCUGGCUGCCAUCCCCUACUUCUUCUUCCCCAAGGAGAUGCCCAAGGAGAAGCAUGAGCUUCGCUUCCGGCGAAAGGUCUUGGCAGUUUCAGACCCACCUGUCAGCAAAGGUGAGGACGCCUCCUCCGAGCGGAGCCCUGGGGAGUCCCCAGAGAAGAAGGAUGGCCUAGCCCAGAUUGCCCCAGACUUGACUGUGAUCCAGUUUAUCAAAGUCUUUCCCAGGGUCAUGCUGCGGACCCUGCGCCACCCCAUCUUCCUGCUGGUGGUCCUGUCCCAGGUGUGCAUGUCGUCCAUGGUGGCAGGCAUGGCCACCUUCCUGCCCAAGUUCCUGGAGCGCCAGUUCUCCGUCACAGCAUCCUAUGCCAACUUGCUCAUAGGCUGCCUCACCAUCCCGUUGGCCAUCGUGGGCAUCGUGGUGGGGGGCAUCCUGGUCAAGCGCCUCCGCCUGGGCCCCAUGCACUGCGGCACCCUUUGCCUGCUGGGGGCUCUGUUUUGCCUGCUUCUCAGCACGCCCCUCUUCUUCAUGGGCUGCUCUACCCACCAGAUUGCAGGCAUCAACCACCAGCCUGGUGGCCAGCCUGGGCUGGAGCUAUUUCCAGGCUGCACGGAAGCCUGCUCCUGCCCGUCAGACGACUUUAACCCUGUCUGUGACUCCAGCGCUCGUGUGGAGUACCUCACGCCCUGCCACGCAGGCUGCGCAAGCCGGGUAGUCCACGAGGCUCCGGACAAAAGCCAGGUCUUCUACACCAACUGCAGCUGCGUGGUAGGGGGCGGCCCCGUGCCAGCAGGCUCCUGCGACUCAGCCUGCAGCCACCUGGUGCUGCCCUUCAUGAUCCUGGUCAGCCUGGGUGCAGCACUGGCUAGUGUCACCCACACGCCCUCCUUCAUGCUCAUCCUAAGGGGAGUGAAGAAAGAAGACAAGACUCUGGCUGUGGGGAUCCAGUUCAUGCUCCUGAGAGUUUUGGCCUGGAUGCCCAGCCCCGUGAUCCACGGCAGUGCCAUUGACACCACCUGUGUGUACUGGGCCCAGAGCUGUGGGCGUCGGGCCGUCUGCCACUACUAUGACCACGACCUGCUUCGAAACCGGUUCAUCGGCCUCCAGUUCUUCUUCAAGACAGGCUCUCUGGCCUGUUUCGCCUUGAUUUUGGCCAUCCUAAGGCAGCAGGACAAAGAGGAGGGGACCAAGGCGACCAUACCCAACUCUGGCCUACAGCAGCAGCUGUUAGCGUCAGGGGCAAAGAAGGAGCCUGAGGAAUCCAGAGUGUGAGCUGUCCCAGGGCCCCGUUCUGGCCAGGACCGGCAGCCACGGCGAGUACGUCCUCUGGGCCCUUUGCCUGAGAUUGGGGGUUGGGAGCCCUGUUUUCCAAUUAUGAGUCCUCCACUAACUUGCCGUGUGGCUUUGAGCAAGCCACUGACCCUUUCUGGGCCUUUGUUUGCUCACCUGAACCAAAGAGUUACUUGCGGGUUUGUUGUGUUGGCCACUUCUGAAGCUUGAGGGUCUUCCCCCUCUUCUCCCCCAGCCACACGGGCUGACCUGAAACCAGGCUUUCCUGGGUGGAAGGACUGCGUAUCUUUCCCCCAGGGCCCGAGGAUAGAGCAGUGGACAAUAGUAGGCCAGGCUGCCCCGCGUACUGGGUCCUGGCCCUGCUCUGCUGCUCACCUGGAGCACCUUCUCUGAGCCUCAGCCUCCCAGCCUCCAUCUCUGUCAGGUGGAAAUGAACUUGUCAGCUUUCAGGCCCCUUCAGCUGCGACCAUCUGUGUGGCCAGGACAGACUCAGGUCUCCUCCCCAGCCCCGCUCAGCCUGGACUUGGGGCCAGUACAGCCUCUGUUGAGAAGUGUCCAUUUGGCGCCCCCUGGAGGCAGAGCCCUGAGCUUUGGGGAGACGCCCUGGGGAGGGAACUGGUCCCACUCACGACAUCCAGGCUAGGCAGGGCCUUCAGGAAACCUGGUGUGAGGGCCCCAGGGGCCUUGGCUGUGCAGGGAGACUCACUCUCUGGAGUCAGGAAAUCCCGGCCCUUGCCCUCAGGCAGCCACAGUCUGGGCGAGGCCUAUUCUCUGCCUGGUGGAGACGGAGACCCAGGUCCCAAAGACCAAACACACUCAGCAUAGACUCACUGGUACCCAUGCAUUGCCAAGAUUUCACACAUUUGACCUGGGCCCACCAAAGCCACUUUUUGACUUCUGUGACUAGUAGAAUCCUAAUUUCACCAUUUCCUCCCAGGUGCGUGAUUCUAUGUCACCUGGGGUUGUGUAGACAAUGUCUGGUUCUGUGACACCCACAUUUUGGGGUAACAUCUGGUUCUCUGUGAUGCCUGGAUUGGCGUAAGAACCUGUUCUUUGUGAUGCCCAGGCUUGUGAUCUGGAAGCAAUAAUGCGUGGCUCUGCGUAAUAAGUGGGUCUAUGGGAUGCUUGGGUCUGAACAGACAAGUCCUUGUCUGUGUCAGGCCCUGUCUUGCCUUGUCUUGUUUUAUGGCUAAUCUUAUCCGGCCUGAUUAUCUCCCUGGGACAGGGAGAGAGUUUCCCAAUCUGCUUCCAGCCCAGUCUGGUUGCUUGGGAGGCAAGAGACAGGGAGUCAUCAGCAGGAGCUUCCCAGAUCUGUGUCCAGCCCCUGUGCUGUGGGCCAGGGGAGAAGCUGGGGCUUUGGGGGCACACGUGGCUCUGGCCCUCUGCUCAGCUCUUGGUGUCAGGGCUUUGAGGCUAUGCCACAUGAAAGAAGAGGGAGGUACAAAAGUUCUAAUUCCCAUUUUUGUUCUGCUGGUUGAUACCUUUAAAUGUCUAACAAAUAUCUGAGCCUGUAUUUAUCAGUGCCAAGAGUUUCAGAGUCUCUUCCAACAAGAAGAGGCUGUUUGUAUGUCCAUCUUCCUCCUCCUUCCCUCUCAUUUCCCAGGUUUUGCAGAAAUAAUCUGGAAUUAUAGAUAUAGCUUAUUAUUAAAUUUGUUCUUGCAUAAUGUGUCUCUGUUACAAAAAUCCUUUCUUCCAAACUGUAUUAAGGUCUGCAAUAACCAGAUUAUUUCCAGUUAUUUAGAUUUAAGUUUUACUGGAUUCAUUGCUCACCGUUAUUUCUCGUAUAUUACAUCUUCCCCUACCUGUAUAUCCCGGUCUAAUUUUUGUUCAGCUUGACUACUUCCUCUAGUAAUGGUUUCAGAAGGGGAAUAAGGUCACAAGGCUUUCCAAGUCCUCACCUGUCCAAACGGCCAUUCAGGUUUUACAGAAGAGAAGAUGGUUCAGGAAGGAUAAGCAACUUGCCCAAGAUCACACAAAGUAAAUGCCAGAGCCAGGAUUAGAUCUAGAUUUUGUGGGAACUGACGCUUAUACAAUUUGGGGAGUCCUCUUUAAGAAAAAGAACACAAAAUUAGGGAAGAAGGUGAAUAUUUACUUAGAAUGAAAAAAGAAGUCAAAACAAAUACAUCUCACAAUUCAGAAAAAUAGCAUAAGAUUUUUUACUAACUGCUGUGCGUACCUCCAAAAUUCUCCCCCUAAUGGUUGGAAAUAUUUUCUAAAGACUAGCUUCUGGUUCUAUACAUUUCAAACCUGUUUCUCCUCUAUUGCCCAUAUACUUCCAGGGCCAGGCAGGAGAAAACACUUUCAUGUCACAAGAUGACCUCUGGAUAUGACACCUUGAUGUCACAAUGCCAAAUGAGUCGGACUGUGGGUAGGAUGAUUCCUAGAAGCCAUUCUCUGUACAGAGGUAGCUAGCAAUGAUUUAUCUAUUCAUAGAGGUGACUGAGAACCACAUAACUAUAUCCCAAUGAAUCCAAAUUAAAUUGAUCCCCAACUCCACUCCCCCUUAGCCAUAUUCCAGAAAUGCCCAUGCCAACUGCUUCACAUAAAGGGAAACUGGGACACAAGGAAACUUGGAGUGGAAAGAACUAGCAAUCUUGACCCAUAGUGGUGAGAGUGUCUACCUUUGCAAAUUUCCUGAGAACUUGACAACAGGAACAUAUUGCUGAAGCCUCUCCCUGGGCCUGGGUAGAGGCCGUGGUGCUCAAGCAGCCAUAGCUUCAUGCUAGUCUACCUCUGGGUUGAGCUGAGAUUCGAAGAAGACGAGGUGCUUGUGCUUAAAAUCAUCCAGGCUGGUCAGGGAGGAGACUCCAGGAGUAAUCACAAGAGAGACGAGGGGCUGAGAGCCAGGGGUGGAACAGGUAAGGGCCAGCGACUUCCCAGGGAUUCAGGGGGUCCAGGGAGCAGCCCUCUUCCCUGACAUGGCCUCUGGCCAAUGGGAAGCCGCAAGCAAUUACACCUGUGAGCUCACUUUCUUCUCACCCUGUCCCUGAGAGUUGGAGGAGAGGCAUUAAGUCUCCUACUAGAUGCUAUGGUGGUAAAAUCCAGCAGAGAACAGGCCUGGAACCAGAAUGAAGAUCCUGACACCUGGCCCGGAGCUCCUUUAGGCUGUAGACUCAUGCUGCAAAGUUGCAGGGCAAGCAGAUGCCAGGGGGCCAGGAGCCAUGACUGGAGCACAAAUAAACGAGGAGCAAGAACUGGGACUUCCCUGGUGGCACAGUGGUUGAGAAUCCGCCUGCCAGUGCAGGGAACACGGGU